AUGGCAACUAUCGAUAUCGAUCCCGUUGGCGAUCUCGUCAUCGAGAUUGAUCACGAGCGCCUCCGGAUCUCGUCCAAAGUCCUUUCUCUGGCCUCUCCAGUGUUUAAUGUAAUGCUCAGGUCAGGCUUUAAAGAAGGCAACGUGCAGACAACAGAUGACAGCCCUCGCGUGAUUCCUUUGCCGGAAGAUGAUCUCGAAGCCUUCAAGCUUGUCUGUAGAGUCAUUCAUUUCCAGCUCGAUCACAUUCCGCAGGAGCUGAAAAUCGAGUCGCUGGAGAAGCUGGCCUUGGUCUGUGACAAAUACCAAUGCACCGUCGCCAUGAGGCACUGUGCCGCAUUGUUGCUUCAGAGACUUUCAGAUACCUACGUCGCUUCUGAGUUGAACAGACAACUGCUGGUGGCAUUCCUCUUGGACCUGCCCACCGCAUUCUCAGAUAUCUCGUGGAGAUUGAUGCAGGCACAAGCUGGAUCCUUUGAAGCAUUACCGGGUCUGACGGAUCACCCCACUGUUCCCUCUUCUUUCUUGGGUUGGUAA